AUGGAGACUCUGACAGAAGACGAGUUCUGCUUUCCACAACUUUCCAACACUUCCUGCAAGAAGCUCCAGCAGCACUACGCUGAGCACAUUUUCAUUUACUUCCUUCUGUCCUGUAUAUCGCUGCUGACUGCGACUCUCAACUUGCUGGUCAUCAUCUCCAUUUCACACUUCAGGCAGCUCCACACCCCCACCAACUUCUUCCUUCUGUCUCUGGCCGUCUCAGACUUCCUUGUUGGACUUCUUCUGAUGCCAACACGAAUCCUCCAAACAGGAGGCUGCUGGUAUUUAGGGAGCUCUAUGUGUGGACUUUUUAACUACUUUUCCUACAUCAUUACAUCUGCUUCAGUAGGAAACAUGGUGCUAAUAUCAGCUGAUAGAUACGUGGCUAUCUGUGACCCUCUGCAUUAUCCCAACAAAGUCACUCUGGGGAAAGUAAAAGUCUGUGUUUGUCUGUGUUGGGCCUGCUCUGUGUUCUACAACGGUCUGAUACUGAAAGAGUUUCUCAAGAAUCCAGACAAAUAUAAUUUCUGCUAUGGAGAGUGUGUACUUUUAUUUGACUAUAUAACUCAGGCUUUUGAUCUGAUAAUUACUUUUGUUAGCCCCAUCACAGUGAUCACGGUUCUGUACAUGAGAGUGUUUGUGGUGGCUGUGUCUCAGGCUCGAGCCAUGAGGUCUCAUGUUGCAGCUGUGACUGUGAGUCAGAAGGGUUCAGCUCCUGUAUCUACUAAGAAGUCUGAGAGAAAAGCAGCUACAGUUCUUGGUGUUGUUGUGAUUGUAUUUGUAACAAGUUUCUGUCCUUAUUUUUUGCCUGCUUUUGCAGGAAUGAAUUUAAUUACAAAUCAGGAGAUUUCCGUUUUUUUGGUCUGGUUGUUUUAUUGUAAUUCUUGUCUAAAUCCAAUAAUUUAUGCUGUUUUCUACCCCUGGUUUAGAAAAUCUAUUAAACACAUUGUAACACUUCAGAUUCUGCAGCCUGAUUCAUGUGAAACUGUAGUUAUGUGGUAA